UUCCGAGUUUCAAGUUUUUCGAACAUAGCAUCCACCCGAUAAAAACCUAGGGUUGUCGGGGGGUUUUUGAAAUCCUUCUAGCUUCCAGACCCCCGCCCAAAUCCCAAGUCCCUUUGCAAGAAACCCUAGAAAUUCAUCUCCGAUUUUCCUCUUUGGAGCUCGGUUCCCACUAUUUCAGCCGCUUCGCCACUCGGAGCUCCGGCGGGCGCGAUCCAUGGCGGCUUUACGCCAUCUCGGGUAAGACCCCAUCGAGCUCUUAGCUCGAGUCUUUCUCUCUCUUUCUCUCCUUUGGUUUCAAAUGCUCAUUGGUUUGAGGGUUUUUCAAGAAAACCCUCGUCGGAAUCGAAACCCUAGCUCUGGAUUAGGGAAGAAUUGCAGCCUUGAGAUCGGUGAUUGGAGGUGUAGAGGAUCAAGGAAUGUGUGGAUUCUUUUGAGAUCUUGUGAAGCACUGAGGCCUGAAAAGUUAAUAUGACCAGCUGAAUAUGAACGAUGGAGGUAGGGAGAGUGGAAGGGACAACCAGAACAACAGCUCUAAGAGAAGUGGCUCAGCUUCGUCUUCUGGAAGUGGGGAUGCCUUUGGCCGUUCCAUUGCCAAGAUCGCCGUUUCCCAAGUGUGCGAGUCCUCAGGCUUCCAUGGGUCUCGUCACUCAGCGCUCGAUGCCCUUGCAGAUGUUCUUAUUCGGUAUAUCCGUGAUCUAGGCAGUGCCGCACAUUUAUAUGCUAAUUUGUCUGGAAGGACGACUUGUAACGUUUUUGACAUCAUUCAAGGGUUGGAGGAUCUUGAUUUGUCUCGCGGGUUCCCAGGUGCUUCUGAUAUUCAUCGUUGUGCAGUUGGAUCCGGUGUUGUAAGAGAGAUAACACAGUUUGCGAGCACAAGUGAUGAGAACCCAUUUGCUCGCCCUGUCCCCAGUUUCCCGAUUAGCCGGCAGCCUAAGUCAGUGCCUAGUUUUGCUCAAGCUGGAGAGACUUCAAUAGGGAAGCAUAUUCCUGAUUGGCUUCCAUCAUUCCCGGCCCAGCACACAUAUAUACAGACACCUGUUUGGAGAGAGACAACCCAUGAACCUAACGCUGAGAAGAUUGAGGAGGUGAGACAAAGGAGAAAGGCGGAAAGUUCUUUGCUGAGUUUGCAGCAGCGGCUCGCUUCCAGUGCGGGUGCUAUGCCUGCACCUGCAUUUGAUCGUGAUGUUGGAAAGGGAAAACAAGUUAUUAGUGGCAACCCUUUCUUGGCUCCACCUCUACCAUUCGGAGAGAAACAGGUCUCUGAGGUUGUUGUCCCCGAUGAGGCGGCUGAAAAGAAGGGUUUGUCCAUUCUUGAGACUUUUGCACCAGCCAUUGAGGCGGCAAAACAAGGGACCUUCCACAGUGGGGUUUGUGGAAACAAGAUUCUUCCCAGCAAAAGGCCUGUGGUGCAUUUUGAAUUUGGAGUGGAAAAGAAAUCUAGGGCCGAACAAUUGGGUUCGGGAUCUUCAGGUGAUAAAACUAAUUUUCCUUUAUUGAGGGAUGAUGAGAAGGAUGAUAAGAAGCGGAGGGCAGAGAUAAUUCUUAAAGAAGCUUUGGAGAAACCAGAUGGGCUUACUCAGCUGUAAAUUUCAACAUUGAAGGUAUUGGUGGUGUGGCGCGGUCUUGGUAUCAUCUGCAUGGUGUAUCGAGAUUGGUAGAACUGCUGGUCAAGAUUUCCUUAUGGGUCUGUUCCAUUUGGAAAAUUGAGCAAAUUUGCCAACUUGGAAGAUAUCUGCUUUUUGGCAAGGAUGGUGAUGGUUGGGCUUGACAUGAUACGUGGAUACUGGAUAAGCACAAUCUUGUGAUCUGACACUCUUAAUUGAUGAAAAAAAGGCAUGUCGGGCAUCAAUGACCUGGUUUAGUAUCAAUGCCAAAAAACAACUUGAAGGUUACUCAAGCCUCUGAUGAAUACAUUGUUCAUGUCAAAGUCACUCUGAAUUGGAACAUGUAUUUUCUGCUCCUUGUGUUGCUGGUUGUUUUGAGUUCAUGGAAGAUAUUUUUGAGGUCACAGGGUAGGCUUUAUCUGAUUGGGAGUAUUCAACCAUCCGUACACUUGAUUUGGUCUGAAACUUGUUGUGAAAGGUCAGCACUUGCAUAAUCUGUUGUGACUUCUAUCUCAUUCCAGAUUAUUUUCCAUAAAGUUUCUGGCAAUACAGUAGCUAAUGAAAAGCCACAAAAGCUCUAUUACAAAUUGGCUACUUCCCAUUUCUGCUGGCAGUUCUUGCCUUACAACUCCACCUCCACCAGUAUCACAAGUACUGGCUCUGGUCCUACUGUUCUUACAUUUGUUGGAGUGCAACUUAAGCAUCCUACAUAUUCAGGUGCCUGACAAAGCUCAUUCGUGAGGUGACGGGAUGACUGACAAUUUGCUUCUGCCAAAAAAAAAAAAGGGAACCAAGCACUCAAGCGUCACCAAUAUGCAGCUGCAUCAAUUGUUAGCGCCAUUUAUGGAGUCUUUGUCGGUGAAAAAGCUAUUUCAAUUGAUCCUUUUAGAACAACAAUAAACUAAAAAAAUGCCACCUUGAAACAGACAUGAUAUAACAAACACAUUUGUGUAAAUUGUUCUCUAAACAGCCAAAGUCAUCAAGUAAAGGAGACUGACAAUA